ACAAAAAAUUACGUAGUGAAAUUUGAAUAGAUAUUAUAUCUACCUAAUUUUGAUUAUACUUUUGUCCAUACUCCAUUAUAAUUUAUAGCACGAAUAAGGAUAUUUUACCUAUCUACGACUAUAUAUUAUUGUUCUGUACAAUAACUGAGUAUAGCCACGGCUCUAUCUAAAGCCGUGAAUAUAACCGUGGAUUUUAGCCUUUAGGUAAUAGAAUUUUGAAGAAUUACGACAAAUUGUGUUUAUUGUUGGAAAAUGACAACCAAAGUAUUUAUUGAAGAACAUUUAGAUAAAUAUCUGAAAAGUUUAGCUAAAGGACAGUUGUUCAUUCCAGGAGUAAUUAUUGGACAAGUCAUAGGUAACAACUAUCAUGUGGUCCACUUAUCAGCAAUGACCAUAUGGAAUGAAGACAUACAAAAUAAUAAAAUUGAUGUUCUAUCCUACAAAACUCUUUCUGAUCUUUUAGCCAAUAGUGAUACAAUAUUCCAAAAGUCUUUAGAAGUAGCGACGUUAUUACCAGGAGGUUCACAUGUACUUGGUUUAUUUUUUAUUGUUCCACAAGAUUUGAAAAGUAUUCAACCCAUAGAUAUUGAUUUUUAUGAAUUCAAUAAUGAAUUAAAUGAAAAUUUAUUAUACAAAAAAACCAAUGAAACAUGGAAUUACUUGAUGUUAAACUAUUCAACUGUUAACAAAAAAUCAUAUUGUUACUCAGUUGAUUUCAACCGUGUAAAUGGUCCUGAAAAAACAACUUAUAAGACAGUAGAUGCAGUUUUUGGAUCAUUUAAUAAUGAUUGGGUAACUCUUAUUGGAACAUUUAAUUUUGGAGCAUUAGAAAGACUAAAUGUAGGUGGUGGACCAAAAGCUUUAUUUUCUAUUCGUGAUAGUUUAUUAGAUAAAUUUGAAUCUGUAUUAAAUAAAUCAGUCUAUACAUUUAAUGGAUGUGUAUGCGAUGAAAAUAAAACCCUUAAAGAUGUUGAAUGUGAUGAAAUUGAUAAUUUAUUGAAAAAUGUUGUUAAGAUUGAAUUUUACAGAGAGGUUGAUUUGGGUAAUGAAUGUAAAAAUGCUUCACUUAAGGUAAAAAGAGGAAAGGGGAAGAUUUUGAUGUCUGGCCUAUGCAGUAUAGCAGUACCAUUUAAUCGUAAUGGUACAAUUAAGGAUGCUAUAAAGGCUAUUCAUGAAGAUGCCAUGCAGACAUUUGCAACUCGUUUAAAAAUGCAUUUGGAAUCAAUGGUCGAAGAGGAAUCUCUUGAAGAAGAAGAUGGAGAUGCAAAUAUUGUACAUGAAACUCCUCGUCGAAUAUUAAUUAUAAAGACUGAAGGUUCUAGAUUUGCAUUUAGUGAUUAUGUAUUUCCUGGCGAAACUUCCCAAGAAGCAUUAUAUGUGGCUGGAGAAAUAUUGAAUCUUCCUGAAGACAAAAUAGAAUUAUACGAUGUGUUGGAAAAAGGACGACAUUCAUAUUAUGAGACACUGCCAGACAUUGAUAGUAGUCCACCACAAGAUGCAAGUACUUCAACGUCAAAUAAUGGGCUAAUUUAUUUCACGUGGUUCGCUUUGAUAUUGGCUAUCUUAGCAUAUGUUAUCAAACAAAUUUUUGUGUGAGAUAUAUUAAUGGGAAGCUAAUUUAACUGUACAAAAUAACAUUCCUUAAUUUAUUAUUUUAUUUUUUUAAUGUUUAUUAUAAAAAUUGUUGAAAUUAA